AUGAAAUUAGUGACUUACCAAAUUGAUUUGAAUUUUUUUUUUUUGUUCUGUACAUGUCCAAUAGUUAAAUCAUCCAGUUUAUAUCUGUCUUCUCUCCAGCCCUCUGCACAAGUCCUUCUUUCUCAUGAUUCUACAGAGAUUUCAGUCAAGACAGAGCCAGAGAACGUCCUAAACCAACAAUACGAGUACAAGAUCCGACCUUGCAUCGAUCUCAUUGACUCCCUGAGGUCACUGGGGGUGGAGAAGGACUUGGGAUUGCCGGCCAUUGCUGUCAUUGGUGACCAGAGUUCGGGGAAAAGUUCUGUACUGGAGGCCCUUUCCGGCGUGUGUCUACCCAGAGGAAGUGGCAUUGUCACCCGUUGCCCCCUGGAACUCAAGUUAAAAAAGUCUUCACAGGGCUCAAAGUGGAAUGGUGAAAUAAAGUACCGUGACCAAAAAGUAAAACUUAAAAACCCAAGUGAAGUGGAACGUGAGGUCAGGAAAGCUCAAGACUGCAUGGCUGGUGCAGGAAACGGGGUCAGUGAUGAACUUAUAACCCUGGAAGUUGUAUCUCCAAAUGUUCCAGACCUGACUUUGAUCGAUCUUCCAGGAAUCACACGAGUUGCCCUAGCCAAUCAACCGGCAGAUAUUGGACUGAAGAUUAAGCUGAUGAUCAGCAAGUACAUUAAGAGACAGGAGACCAUUAAUUUGGUUGUGGUUCCCAGUAAUGUGGAUAUUGCAACAACAGAGGCUCUGGAAAUGGCCAGAACUGUGGACCCCAGCGGACAGCGGACAUUAGGGAUCUUGACCAAGCCUGACCUGGUUGACAAAGGAGCAGAAGAAGACAUUGUUAACAUCGUAAAAAACCUGGUCUAUACACUCCGGAAAGGCUUCAUGAUUGUCAAGUGUCGUGGACAGAAAGAGAUCCAGAAUAAUAUUUGCCUAGAAGACGCCAUAAGGAACGAGAGAGCUUUCUUCGAAAACCAUGAACAUUUUAGGUAG